CUUGCCUUGCCGCUUCACUUUUGGUCAGAUCUGUCUGCUCUCCUCUGCCAAAUGAAGUCAGGAUCUGUGAAUGCAACGAUUGACGAAGAGUCGCAGGAAGCCAGGCCUUUGAGCGGCAAAGAUGGCUUCGUGCCGGGCAUUGCUGAGGCGCUGUCCCCUCUCGGCGCCGUCUCGACGCUGCUGGUGGCCAUGAUAGGCACCGGUGUGGUGGCCAUGCCAUUCAUCUUUCUCCUUUGCGGCAUCACUUUGGGCGUGAUCGGCCUCGCUGCGAUGGCGUGGCUGGCGCAGCUGGCGAUGGUCUGCAUCAUCAGGAGCGUGCAGAUCUCGCGAUGCGUGUCAUACGAAGAUCUGGGAGAGAGGGCCUUCGGGAUGGUGAGUCAGUCAAUGGCAUGGCAAGACUGAACUGAUCGACUCGUCGUUGAUUCAUUGCUUGCAUCUAUCUAUCUGUGUGUGUGUUGUGUCAGUGGUUCAGCCGGAUAACUGACCUGUCGCUCAUUGGGUUGCUGCUGGGCUCGACCGCUGCAUACAUCAUCAUUGGUAGGUUAGCUGACCACACACAUAUACACACGCAGAGAGAGAGAGUGUGUGCAGUUGAACGGCUCUCGCGUGGUCUGCGUGUGUGUGUGUGUGUGUGUUCAUUCAGCGACGAACAUCCUGAGUGUGAGUCUGCCCGACAGUCUGUCGGUGCCGCGUCCGACCCUGUUUGCCCUCGUGGCCCUGGCCAUGUUCCCCGUCUGCCUCGCCAGGACCUACGACGGGCUCGCUGCCAUCAACACUUUCUGCUUCACGUGAGCGGACAGGACACCCAUACAUACAGUCAGUACAUGGGCGACUGACUGACUUGUGCGUACCGUGUGUACGCCCAUCUAUCUCAUCUGUGUGCUGUGCCAGGUCGUUUGUGGUGAUAUCAGUGAUAUGCACGGUCAAGAGUGUGUUGGUGAGGGAGCACAUACAGGUCGACGAGACCACCCAGAGGAUAUCGCCCAUCAUCGGGCUCAUUCUCUCGCUCCCAAUGACGAGUGAGUGAGCUCAGAAUGGCGUGCAGUUGGCCACGGUGGAGCCGAGCCGAGCCGAGCAGUCAUUCGCCUCCCUCUGUCUGUGUGUGCCUGUCCUGACAGGCACUUACAUGAAUGGCCACAUGAAUGUGCCCCAGGUAUAUGCUGAGCUGCGGCCGCAAUGGAAGAGGCGGGCAAUACCACUGGGCACAGGUAUGUAUGGUUUGCAUGGACGCCACACCCAUGCAAUGCAAACACACAACACACGUAUGCCUGCAGCUCAGCUUUGUGUUGUUCUGUUCUCUUUGCCACCCACGUGUGCUGUGCGUCAUUACAGCGGUGUGUGUGAUAGCCUUCGCCUUUUACGUCUUUGCCGGUACGUACCGUACCACACGAGAGCGGCCCGCUCGUCCACCCGGAUGAAUACAUCACAUCCCACCCACUGCUGUGCUGUGCUCUCUCUCUGUGUGCUGUGUGUAGGGAUGGUUCCAUAUCUUGUGUUCCACGCCAGCACCGAGACAGACAUCCUCACACAACUUGUCAACACAUUCAUGGCUGUACACUCGGUCGGUCGGCCGGCCGGCAACAACCAACACAACACAAGAGACAACCAGACCAGACGCACACACAUUCACUCACGUCUGCCGGUCAUCACGUGGGCGUAUGUCUGUCUGUCUGUCUGUGUGCAUGUGAUGUGUACAGGCGCGUGAUCCCCAUCUGUCCCUUGCCCAGGUGCUGCUGGGCUUGUGCAUCGUUCUCAAGACACCCGUCAUACAAUUCCCCCUCAGGUCAGUCAGGUCACAUCACAUCAUCAAAUCACCUUCCUUCCCCCUGUAUGUACUCACUGGUGCGGUGCGGUGCGGCUGUCCGUAUAGGUCUCUGGUGUUGGGUCGGUUUCAACCGGACGCCAAGCUGGCGACGCUGCCCAUGCCUCAGAACCUCCUGCUCACCGCCGUAUGCAUCGCAGCCGCAUACCUGUUAGGUACGUAACGUACGGACACACACACACACACGCGGGAGGAGACAACGACGCAUACCAUCUAUCUAUCUAAGUGCCUGUGUUGUGUUUGUUGAUUCGUUCUAACGUUGAAUCAUUCAGCUGUUGCGUUGCCGAGGCUGGACUUGGUGAUUCAGAUCGUGGGUGCCACCUCUGGUGUGUUCCUCGUGUACAUAUGCCCGGGCGCAUUCACUCUAGGGGUACGCAGGCAAAGCAAAGCACUUACAGCACACGUCAGUCAGCCAGUCCGUCGAUCAGAGAGGAGAGCAAGUGUUUGUGUUAAAUCUGUCUGUGUUGUACGGUGUGUACGCAGAUAGAGAGACGGAAGGCGGCUGAUGUGUGGGUGGCCGUGCGGGGAUGGACGCUCGUCGUCUCAGGUGCGUACGAGCUGAAUGACAGACACAUGUGCUGUGCAUGACCGCGUGGAUCUCUCCCUCCCUCCCUGGCUGUGUUGUGUUGUGCUGCAUUCGUUGUGCGCUUUCCACACCAACAGGUCUGUGUAUCUCCGUGACGGCCUUGUGUGCUGUGAUCGUCAAUGAAGUGUUCAGCUGAUAGAUACAUACCUGAAUGGAUGGAUGGAUGGAUGGAUGAUGAAUGAAUGGCGCGGCGCCAGCACUGGGGCAGCCUCGUCUGUAUGUGUGAGUGUGCAUGUCCGUGCUAAGAGAAGGUCAACCGAUAGAUCAAAGGGCCUGCAUGCCUACUGUCGCACGUGUUCGUUCGUGUGUUAGUCAAUGAGUCAGUGUGCGUGGCAUGGCACGGAUGGGGGAGCUCAAAGGAAGGAGCUCGAUUCGAUGAAGGGACACGACAGUAGCUAGCUAGCCAACGUUGCGACGCCUUCACUCAAUAAAUAAAUC